AGAUCUCAGCCUUAACGCAUCACCAUUUGGACCCAUUAGUCUGUCGAAACACUCGUCAAGGGCAAAAUGGGUGCGAUUGCCUAUAGCUUUGCUUUAAGCCUCCUUUGCCUCAUUUCCUCAGCCCAAGCAAACAUCCGAUGUCUGGAAUGCACUGACAUGCCCCACCCCCAGGAUUGUCUGACAGUGAGCCUGUGCACCCAGUAUGAGAUCUGCUAUGUGGAGCAGUACGUUACCAGCGGGGGGUUCUUGCUUUACAACUCAGGUUGUUUGGCAAAAGACCGAUGCCCUUCACAAAACAAGCGGGGUAUCACAGAGACAUCCAAGUAUCUUGCGUUGAUGAGAGAAUCAAAGGGCCUGAGCAAGCGACAAGAUACGCCCUCGGGCACGGACAUACCAACUUGCAUCGAUUGUUGUGGCAAUGAUUUUUGUAACACUGGCGGGUGUGGCGAAGUCGCCAGGCCAAUGACUGAGCGAGGACCAUUCUGCUUUAACUGUGAGGAAUCAGCCAAUCCGGACACGUGUAGAUUAGUUACACAGUGCGAACCGGGGGAGGUCUGCGCAAUUCUGAAGCUGAACUUCUACAAAGACCUAUGGACCACGAUGUGCAAACGGGAAAGGCAAUGCCAUGCUCUAGUCGCAGCUGAGGAGAGGUUGGAACAGUUCCACCAUGACCAUCAGGCCGCGAGUGCGCUAGUAGGAAAGCGAUUGACGCCAAACUUAAAUAUGGCGUCUCAGCAACAAAGGGAUGUUAUCGAUGUUAAGAAAUGUCCGAGGUGCUGUAACACUGAUUUCUGCAAUAACAACUGCUAUCAACAAUUCAACAUAACCGAUGAAACUACUACAUUGAUGAUCCCGACACAUCCAUCAACAACAGCAAAACCAACGACAACAACACAUAAACCAACGACGACUACACAUAAAUCAACGACAACUACACAUAAACCUACAACAACUACACAUAAACCGGUGACACACCACCAAACGCAUACACCGAAACCUACACACGCACCAACAACAACUACACAUAAACCACCAACAACUACACACAAACCAACAACAACUACACAUAAACCGGUGACACACCAGCAAACGCACACACCGAAACCUACACAUGCAACAACAACAACUACACAUAAACCAACGACGACUACACAUAAACCAACGACAACUACACACAAACCAACGACUACUACACAUAAACCAACGACAACUACACAUAAGCCAACGACAAUAACACAUAAGCCAACGACAACAACACAUAAGCCAACAACAACUACACAUAAGCCAACAACAACAACACAUAAGCCAACGACGACUACACAUAAACCAACGACAACAACACAUAAACCAACGACAACUACACAUAAGCCAACACCAACGACAACAACGCAGAAACCAACAACAACAGAUCCUAAAUAUGAAUGCGAGUCUGAUGAUUACGUAUAUGAUGCUCAACUCAACCUCUGUUUGCGCUUCUAUGACCACAUCAAUACCAACUGGACCGAGGCUAAGAAAGUGUGUCAGUCUAUUAACGGGACGCUCGUUGUUAAAGGUCAUGGCGAUCAGAAAAUGCAGGAUGUUUUGGCAUUUUACGACAAGGGACACCAUACCAAACCUAUGUGGGUUGGGGCCACCACCGUCGGAUCCAGCACUAUCUUUAUUUGGGACGACGGAACCAAAGAAACAGUCGACAGCACGGACGGGAAAGACCUCUCCAAUGUUGAGUGUCUCUAUGUGACACAUGGGUCGUACAAAAAUUGGUCGCCAUGCAGCGACGCACAUGGAUUUAUUUGUGAGCGAGUUGCCUCUGGCCGUGCAUCCAGGCGCGGGUUUUAAUGUUUUUGGAAGGAUAAUAAAAAGUAUGAAACGAA